AUGAUUGAAACCGACAUUAACGAUCUCUCCGACGACGCCGAUUACGCCGCCGCUUCUAGGCAACAAGGGCCGGCAAGCUUUAAUAGGAGUGAUAGUGGAAGAAGGAGCUCAUCCGGGGAAACAGAGGGUGCUGAAGUUGUGUAUUUGAAGGACAAUGUGACAAUUCAUCCUACUCAGUAUGCGGCCGAUUGGAUCAGCGGCCGAUUGAAGUUGAUUAAACAAGCCGGUUCUCUCUUUAUGACAUGGAUACCUUACAAAGGGCAGAACUCAAAUGCAAGAUUAACGGAGAAAGAUAAAAAUCUCUACACUAUAAGAGCAGUACCUUUCUCGGACAUUAAGUCUAUCCGUAGGCACAAUCCCCCAAUCGGGUGGCAGUACAUUAUUGUAGUUCUAUCUUCAGGAUUAGCAUUUCCCCCACUUUAUUUCUAUAAUGGUGGCGUGAAAGAAUUUCUCGCAACAGUUAAACAGCAUGCUUUUCUUGUUAGGUCAGCAGAUGAUGCCAAUGUAUUUGUUGUUAAUGAUUUUCAAGAUCCCCUUCAGAAAACUUUAUCUUCCUUGGAGCUUCCCAGGGCUGUCUCUGUGGCAAAUAGUCCCUCAUCUUCUGUUGCUCUUAGUGAAUCACCAUCAAGUGGAAAUCAAGAGAUGACUGAAGGGGGUGCUUUUAAUGGUAGUGCUGCUAGUGUUCGUCAAAAUGGGACACCUCGGCAAAAGCAUAAUGAUCCAGCCCGUGACCUCCAUAUGCAAGUUCUUGAAAAGUUCUCUCUUGUGACCAGAUUUGCCCGUGAAACAACUUCCCAGUUGUUUCGUGAAUCUCAAAUGGAUGGCUUUCUUGCCAGUGAGAGAAGAAGAUAUGACCAGCCCUUGGUUGAGCACCAGUCUUUGGUUGAGCACCCUGAAUCUCCCGAUUCUAAUGGAUCCCCAAAGACACCUGUACCUGCAGAUCCACUAGAGUUUGACAAAAUGUCACUAGUUUGGGGAAAACCACGCCAACCUCGUCUUGGACUUGAGGAGUGGUCAAAUUUCUUGGAUUCUGAAGGAAGAGUGAUGGAUGCAAAUGCAUUGAAAAAAAGAAUAUUUUAUGGUGGAGUGGAGCAUAAUUUGCGGAGAGAGCUAUGGCCGUUCUUGUUGGAGUACCAUCCAUAUGAUUCAACAUUUGCUGAGAGGGAAUAUCUCGUGGCAAUCAAGAAGUUGGAGUAUGAAACUCUAAAGAAGCAAUGGCAGAGUAUCUCACAUGCACAAGCAAGAAGGUUUACAAAGUUUAGGGAGAGGAAAGGCCUUAUUGAUAAAGAUGUGGUGCGGACUGACCGGUCACUUUCAUUCUACGAUGGAGAUGAUAAUCCAAAUGUCCAUCUUUUACGUGAUAUACUGCUCACAUACUCAUUUUACAACUUUGAUCUCGGAUACUGCCAGGGAAUGAGUGACCUUUUGUCCCCUAUACUAUUUGUUAUGAAAGACGAAUCGGAAUCAUUCUGGUGCUUUGUCUCCCUAAUGGAGCGGCUUGGACCAAAUUUCAGUCGAGACCAAAGUGGAAUGCAUUCUCAACUUUUUGCUUUGUCAAAGUUGGUGGAGAUACUGGAUAGUCCACUGCAUAAUUAUUUUCAGCAGAAUGAAUGUAUAAAUUAUUUCUUCUGUUUCCGCUGGAUUCUUAUACAAUUUAAAAGGGAAUUUGAUUUUGACAGAACAAUGCUUUUGUGGGAAGUAUUAUGGACUCGCUAUUUGAGUGAGCAUUUGCACCUUUAUUUUUGUGUUGCAAUCCUGAAGAGAUAUCGCAACAAGAUAAUAGGAGAGCAGAUGGAUUUUGAUACGCUACUAAAAUUUAUCAAUGAGCUCAGUGGUCAAAUUGAUCUCAACCCAACACUUAGGGAUGCUGAGGCUUUGUGCAUAUGUGCUGGUGAGAAUGGUGCCGCUUGCAUACCUCCUGGAACUCCACCUUCAUUACCGAUUGAGGAUGCUUCGGUAUACCCCCAACUGGAGGACGAUAUACUUUAA